AUGCCGGAGAUGAACACCGGUGACAUGCCUUCCUACUUUUUCGCGCUUGAACACUGGUUCGCGGCAUCUGGCAUCAAUGAGAAAAUGGACGUGAAGCGCUAUCACAUCGUGAUGGCGCAAAUACCCAUCAGUGUGCUGCCCGAGCUUCAACCGCUGCUCGAACCUGUGCCCUCGACGGAUCGGUACUCGUUCGUUAAGACGGUGCUCCUUGCGCAUUUUGCGGAAACGCAACGCAGCCGGUUGAGCAGACUGAUGUACGGGUUAGAGCUAGGAGACCGCAAGCCUUCGAAGCUCUUAGCGGAGAUGCGACGUGUGGCCAACAACACCAUGGCCGAGAGCAUGCUCGUCGAUCUGUGGAUCGCACGGCUCCCAACACACGUCCAAUCGGCUGUGAUAGCAGCACGUGGAAGCACAUCAGAAAAGGCUGCAGUAGCUGACGCGGUAAUGGAGUGCGUGGUUUCACACAACGCCUCUACCAGCAACGCGCUGAACGAAGUCCGUGCUCCAGACAGUUUCGAACAGCGUAUUUCCCGUGAGGUAGCAGCUCUCAAUCGGAAGCUUUCCGAGUUCAUGGAGGAGACAAGUCGCCGCGAUCUGUCCCGCAUGCGACCUCGCCCACGAACACCGAUACGGGAUAUCGGCCCGCAGGUGGACACCAUCACACCUGUGAGCAACCGGUUGAUCGUCAUCGAUCGUAGCACUAAACAGCGUUACCUGAUCGAUACCGGUGCCGAUGUCUCCGUAAUUCCGAAGUCGCCUGGUUAUGUCCCGUCCAAACCGUCGACGAUGCUCUUGUUUGCUGCCAAUGGAUCGCCGAUUACGGUAUAUGCGGACGUAAACUCUGCGAUCAUCGGAGCGGAUUUUCUCAGCCACUACCAUCUCGUCGUCGAUCUCCACAAGCGCUGCUUAGUGGACGCGUUGACCAACCUCACUGUUCCGGGCUUGCCAGAUGCUACACGCCAGCCUACCGUCAAGGUAUGUGACGCGACGUCACCCGUGGCAGACCUUCUUAGCAAAUUCCCAGGCAUAACUGCUACGAAUACGCCGGGAACCACGAUGCAGUCCGAAGUAACGCAUCGCAUUGAGACUACGGGACCUCCAACUUUCGCCCGCUCACGUCGACUCCCGCCCGACAAGUACGCCGCUGCUCGAGCCGAAUUCGAGUCGCUAAUGCAACUGGGAGUAUGCCGACCUUCUAGUAGCAGCUGGGCCAGUCCCCUGCACAUGGUCAAGAAGGCGGAUGGUACCUGGCGUCCAUGCGGCGACUAUCGAGCGCUCAAUGCGAACACCAUUCCUGAUCGGUACCCGCUUCCGUUUAUGCAGGAUUUCACUAUGCAGUUGCAAGGGAAGAACAUCUUUUCCAAAGUGGACCUGCAGAAGGCGUACCAUCAAAUACCAAUACAUCCGACCGAUGUUCCGAAGACAGCGAUUACUACGCCCUUUGGAUUAUUCGAAUUCACCACCAUGCCGUUCGGUCUACGCAAUGCUGCCCAAACUUUCCAACGGGUCAUUCACGACGUUUUACGGGGUUUGCAUUUUGUAUUUCCGUACAUCGAUGACAUCAUCGUAGCGUCGACGACUCUCGAAGAACAUCGUGAGCAUUUACGGCAGCUCUUUGCUCGCCUCGCACAGCACAGACUAACGAUCAACGUGGCGAAAUGUGAUUUUUUCCAGUCGGAAAUUUCUUUCCUUGGACAUCGCGUUACGACCGAAGGAAUCCGUCCGCUAGAAGAGAAGGUAGCAACCGUGGAGAAGUUUCCUAAACCUGAAACCAUCAUGGGCCUAAAGAGGUUUUUGGCCAUGAUAAAUUUCUACCGGCGCUUCAUCCCGCAUGCUCUGGAAGCCCAAGGACCGCUCUUAGAGAUGAUUCCAGGUAACAAACGGAACGACAAGACACCGCUUACCUGGACUUCUGCUACGACCACCGCCUUCGAGGAAUGCAAACGCCAGCUCACUCAAGCCACCAUGUUGGCGCAUCUUGACAAGACUGCCGAGUUAUCACUGUGGUGUGACGCGUCCGACUUUGCUGCUGGAGCCGCCCUUCAUCAGGUCGUCGACGGAGAGAUGCAACCGCUUGGUUUCUUCUCCAAGAAAUUCGACAAAGCGCAACAAAAGUAUUACCAUAAACCACUGGUUUAUGCGUUCAAACAGUCCCUGGACAAAGCGUCUCCAAGACAGGCUCGUCACCUCGACUUCAUUGGACAGUUCUCCACGGACAUUCGUCAUGUGGAGGGAAAGGAAAACGUCACUGCUGACCUGCUAUCGCGGAUAGAAACUGGAAGACAGUUCGAAUCAGCUUUGUUCACCGAGCUCAUGAAGGCGCUGUUCACUAAGCACUUGCGAACGACGGCGUACCAUCCGCAGGCCAAUGGUCUGAUCGAGCGUUGGCACCGUACUUUAAAGGCAGCCAUCUGUAGUAGGGACACUACGCAUUGGGUAGAUCAUCUGCCCUUAAUCCUACUAGGAUUGCGAACCUCUUUUAAGGACGACAUUAAGGCGUCAUCGGCCGAACUCGUCUAUGGCAGCACGCUGAGGAUUCCUGCAGAGUUCUUCCACAGUAGCCCACUGAUGAAGUUACCCGACACUACUGAGUUCACCCAGGCGUUGAGGAAGGCGAUGGACAACAUAAAGCCUACGCAGACAUCCUGGCACGAGAAAAGAGCGACCUUCGUACAUUCGGAUUUACGAUCAUGUACGCACGUUUUCGUACGUGUCGACACUGUCCGGCCAGCGCUCACUCCACCAUACCAGGGUCCUUACAAGGUUUUAGGACGUACCGGCAAGUCGUUCCAAGUCCUAAUCAACGGUAGAACCAACAACAUCUCCAUCGACCGCCUGAAACCCUACUACUUCGUGCAGGAACCUUCCUCUCCGGUGCAAGCACCACAGACUUCUACAGAUCCACGGCCGGAUUAUUCGACUGGUGUUACACGAUCGCAGCGUCGUGUUACCAUCCCUCUUCGCUAUCGGUAA